GGGCUUAUUGCAAAAAACACGCUACGCCGGAAAAGGUAGUCACAUGAUCGCCUCUCCUCGUCGCAUUUCGCAAACUCUCCGCAAAGGCUCCGCGCUCUAGUAAAGUCACGCAGAUCUGGCGGCUACCUACGCGUGUCCCAUCGACCUUGGGGGACAUCAGACAUUGGCUCCAUUGGCGCAUUGCUUUAGUCUAUCUCCAACGAUUCAGAAACAACAUAACUCCCGGUUUUGCGACGUUAAUUGAAGGCAGCGUGAGCGUGUUCUCCGCCGUUGAUCCAUCAUGGCACCUACUUUCAGAUCUUCUCGGUCUGGUCGACAGUUUACAGAUAAUGCGAGCCGUAGUCGUGCAGCAGACAAUGACAUCUUCGAAGGCUUGCCUGUUCGCCGCUGGACUCGGCAAAACCACACAGUCUCUCAAGAUGCCCAGAUCGACAUUCCCAGCAGCACUAGCCGCGACGCCCAGCCAGACCUUCCCUUUCCCGAGUUGCCAAUGCCAAAGGACAGCCAUCUGUUGGCGGCACACAGCCGUGCUUUACUUCGUGCUGCUCGCGCCGGCUAUAUUUAUCUAAGCCCGCCGAUAAAAGAUUCACAAGCAACAGAGGAGAAGGAAACGGUUGAAGUAGAUGCGACAACUCCCGCUACAAAAAUGGAGAGAAGCUAUACAACACGGAAAUGGUCGCAAUUACCCAAACAUCUGGAGCUACCAGAAGCCGAAUUCUUGGCGAAGAGAAGAGCUGGCCUGCCUUCUCUAUAUGGCGUCGCAGGGACGCUUACGACCGGGGCAUCUGGUGCUACGCAAUCUAUGCGAAAGGUCAAGGUUAAAAAGACUGACCCUAAUACUGGAAAUGUCACAAUUUAUGACGCGUGGGUUCCUGAGGGCCAGAAGGUAGAGGGUGAGAUCAAGGACGAGUCUCAAGUGGCUCCUGCUCAGCCAGAUGCAACGGUUACUAGGGUGGUACCACCACCAGGUACUGUCGUAGAAGGUGUAGGAAUUUCAAAUACCGAGGGAGUUGUGGUUGCUGCCCCAGCCGCGCCAACUGCCCCAGAAUCCACUAGCGAAAAAAAUGGGCCAUCGCCACCGAAACGAAAGAGCAAUGAUGAAGGCGAGAAAGGUCGGAAGCGGGUUAUGUUUGCACCUGGCGAAGGGGUCGAGGUCGGAGAAGAAGACGCAAUGGCUAUUGGUGACAAACAAGACGAGGAUAUGAAAGACGAAGAGGGUGAGGGAGGUGAGGCAGGUGAGGCAGGUGCUGCAGCUGUGGGGAUAACAUCACAAGAACAGACUCCACAAACUCAACCAGGUGACUUAUCGUCAGAACCUACACCAAUGGUCCUCGACCAAGAUACCACUCCAACCCUUCAACCAUCCAUAGAUGUUGAUAUGUUAUCGUCAACUCAAGAGCCCGAGCAACCUACGACCAAUGCGCUAUCGUCACAAAACCCACCUCUUGAUGAUCAAUCAGUACCGCACGUUUCAGAAUCUCCUGAAGUAAAACAGGCCGCGAAAGCCGAGUCACCAGUGCCAGAGCAUUCAUUACUAGAACCACCACAAUCUCCAGUACGACCUGAAUCCGAACAACUGACCCCACCUCAUCUAUCUUCGGCAGCUAUUCAAAUCACAGCCAUUGAAGAAGAAAGGCAUACAACAACUGAACAAGUUAAAAAUGUAGAAAAAAAAGAGCAAAAGGCGGAGGUCUCCAAUUCUCCUAUUCCUCCAACCACCGAUGAUUCGGUGCCUCAGGAACAGGCACCUUCCCCUCUCACUUCGGAUUCAUACGAGCCAGCAGCCCUUGCUGUUGAGAAAUCAGAGACUGUCGAGAUUGUGCAGGCGGCAGCAGCGGAGCCUGAACCAGUCCAGGCAAAAACAGAAACCGAGCAGGUCCAACAAUCAACAAACAUUGUGGAAGAGGUGCCGUCUGAACAAGUGACAUCGGAGCCGACCACCCAACCGACAAAAGCUCCACAACAACAAGGUGUCGACUUAUUGAGUAGCCUCGCAAUGAGCCUAGAGAAUAAACCCGAGGAAAUUGAAGAUGCUCAACCGGUGAGAAGUCCUAUAACGCCCCCAGAAGCACAGGAGACGCCUGGACAAUCAAACAUCACCGUCGAACCGAUCUCAGAGCCAGUAGUCGGGCCGCCACCGUCAGAACCUAUUGCGGCACCCGUUGAGACUGCACCACCGAUAGAAGAAGCUUUAUCACCGAUAGUAGCUGCACCACCUGUCGAGAGUGCGCUGCCCGUGGCCGCAACAGCGCCAAUUGAACCCACGGCAGUAGCUGAACUUGCACCACCAGUCGAAGCUACCAUUUCAAAGGAGCCUAUGCCGCCAACUGCGAACCCUGAUCCUGUGGUCGUGGCUGGGCUUGCGCCUGAACCUGAGCCGGCAUCAAUACCACCGCCAGUUCCAGCUGAAAACAAAAUCCCUGAAAUCUCAGCAGAAGCCGAACCUGAACCCGCCCAGCCAGCCGAGCCAGUUCCUGAAACAUCAGAUGGCUCUUCCGAGAAACCUCCAGCCGAAUAAAGGGAUACAUUGAGAUGAUUUAUGAAUUCGUAUAUCAGAUUGAGAAUCGAUGAAAUACAAUUGAUAUUUUUCUAUCGUCAUACAUGAUAUACUUUUGGUGGUUAGCGUUUGGCUUUUGCUCUCUUUUUGCGUUGGGCCGGUAAAGGCGUUAGAUCAGGGGUGUCUUUUUAAGUGAUCAGAUUGGAAUAUUUGUCAAAUUUAACGACCAUACCCAGCUCUAGGCUAUGACCAAGUCCCAGUUCCGGUAUGGUCGUUGAAUUUGAGUAAACGAACAAACCCGUAAAUUGGUGCAUACGGGUAGCCAUACUGCCGUUUUCUCGUCUCAUGUAUAUCAUAUCAAUACAUUUCAAUGGUAAAUAGACAAUUUGAUGUAUCAAAGACUUCGUAUGAACAAUAAAUUGAG